UGAGCAUUUAUAUGGCUUCAACUAUUAGUUAAGUAGCAGGCACCACCAGCAACGCAGAGACUACUUGGAAAAGAUGAAUACUGAAGCAGCUGCUAGAGUUUCAUCCAUCUUCAUCUAUCCAAUCAAAUCAUGCCGUGGCAUUUCUGUUUCCCAAGCACCCCUCACUCCUACUGGAUUUCGAUGGGAUCGGCAGUGGAUUAUUGUGGAUUCCAAAGGGAAGGCAUACACUCAGAGGGUUGAACCAAAGCUUGCUCUUGUUCAGAUAGAGCUUCCAAAUGAGGCUCUUUUGGAGGGUUGGGAACCUACUAAAAGCUCAUACAUGGUAAUAAAAGCUCCUGGAAUGAACAUGCUAAGGGUUUCACUAAGUAAACCACAGCAAAUAGCUGAUGGUGUCUCUGUAUGGGAGUGGUCUGGCUCUGCUUUGGAUGAAGGAGAUGAAGCAUCAGUAUGGUUUACCAAUUAUCUUGGGAAACCCAGUCGGCUAGUUCGUUUUAAUGCAGAAUCAGAAACUAGGCCUGUGGAUCCUCAGUAUGCACGUGGGCACCGUGUUAUGUUUUCUGAUGGAUAUCCCUUCUUGCUAAUAUCUCAGGGGUCAUUGGAUGCACUAAAUAAGCUUCUGAAGGAGCCUGUGCCAAUCAACCGUUUCAGACCCAACAUCCUUGUUGAUGGUUGUGAGCAAUUUUCUGAAGACUUAUGGGGAGAGAUUAGGAUAAGCAAAUUCACAUUCCAAGGUGUGAAACUGUGCUCCCGCUGUGAGGUGCCAACAAUCAAUCAAGAAACAGGAGUGGUAGGCCCUGAGCUAAAUGAAACUCUAAUGAAAACCAGAUCAGACAAGGUUUUGCGUCCAAAUAGAAAACAAGAAGGGAAGAUUUACUUUGGGCAGAACUUAGUUUGCAAGGACACUGUUUCUGGAGGGAAAGGAAACAUAGUUAAGGUGGGAGAUCCUGUUUACGUCCUCAGGAAGGUGUCAUCCGCUGCCGAAGCAGCGGCUUGAAGGCGAUGAAAUGCUUCUCUUUUGCCUUGUACUUGAGACUAGGAAAUAUAAUGCCUAAAUAAUAAUGAUAAUAAAGGGGGCAUUAGUGC